CUUGCCUGGGUGUUUUGACCCUUGAUCCGGGCCCUUAGUAACCUAGUCCCUCGUCCUAGUUGCUCUCGAGAGAUUCCCGCGGCAACAGGCACAGGUAGGAGCAAGACUCGGUCGCGACAUCAUCCUCAGCACCCUUUCACUUCUCUCUCGUACGAGUCCGCGAUGCAAGCAUGAACGGCACCAAGGCAGACGACUUUGGGCUUGGGCUUGGACAGGACGCCCUCGCCCUGCAGCCGAUAGCGAGCGCGCCCAACCACAUUAACAACAACAGGCGCAUGUCGUCGCCAUCGCCUCCUCCUCAACCCCAAUCGCAUUCCCAGCUGUCCACCCCCCGCAAUGACAGGCGACGACCCACGCUGGAAGACCGCCGUCAACCGAGCAUCCGACUGCGCCGCCUAGGAUCCGCCAGCACCCUGAGCUCUCAACAUACCACUGCGACGACGGAUUUUGCCCAAAAGCCAUCGGCAGACCCUUCCGGCAGGCGUCGUUCGUCGUCGGAGCCUCAGCGUCCACCAUGGGUCGCCCCCAGCAGCAGCAACAACAACAGUCUGAGCGUUCCGAGAGGCGCUGCACGUCCUGCUUCGACGCACAUGCCCCGCUUGGACGAAGAGACAGGACGCCCGUCCACGACGCUGCCCCCGGACGUCGACAUUGAGCAACUGGCUGCCGCGGGAGACGCUGGAGAUGCUGUUCGUCCGGGCCUUUGGAAGAGAGCCAGUGUGGCCGCUCUCCAGCCCUUCAGGCGCCAACAACAACAACAACAACACGGAGACGACGACCCGGAAGCCACGCCUCGCCGGAGACCCCGUCGAGGCACUUGGGCAAAUGAGUACGAUUCGGACUUGGUUGACAUUCUCGAUGUCGUCGACCCCGAGGUCGCUACCCUUGCAACUCUCACCAAUGUCCAGAACUCUCUCUUCAUUCCCGAUCUGGGCUCGCUCCUGAACCGUCGUCCGACGUACAACCUCACCCGUGAGCCAACCUUCUUCCGCGACCAUCCGCCGCCUGCCAAGGCCCCGUCUGUCAAGCCCCCGUCCGUCAUGACCCAGCCUCGCAUCGAGACUGAUGCCGAAGAUGUCGAGCAGCGCCCGGGCAUGGACAGGACCUUCACCAUUGCCUCGCAUCUGAGUGAUACCGAGGACCAUUACGCCGUACUCCCGCAUGGCCUCAGUCUCGAGGGCUGGAGUCUGGCCGAGAAGCAGGAACUGAAUGAUCACGUUAGACACAUGUUGCAUUCUCGCCGUGCUGCCUUCAAGCGAGGUAUGAAGGGCUUUGGUCAAUAUGUUCGCCGCCCCCUUGGUCUGUUUGUCACUGUAUAUGCAACCCUGGUCACCUUGUUCGGUCUCGCUUGGGUUCUCUUCUUGAUUGGAUGGAUCAAUGUCGGAGGUCGCCAAUCGUACAUCAUCAACAUUAUCGACAACGUCCUGGUCGCUCUCUUCGCCAUUGUUGGUGAUGGCUUGGCUCCUUUCCGAGCUGUCGACACGUACCAUAUGAUAUACAUUGCCCACUACCACCAUUUGACAUGGAAUCUCCGCAAGAAGCGUAACCUGCCGAAGCUCAAGAACGAGAACGACCUUCCGGUCCAGCCCGGAAUCGACGCUGACCUCGAGGCUGCUUCCACAGCUGAAGCCGCUUCCAUCAACGAAACUUCUUCUGCUCUCAAUGCCGAUGCCAAGUCUACCAGAUCCAUGGACAAACGGGAAUCGGAAGAAAGCAUGCUCACAGAAGAACAACAAAGAAAACUAAAACACCACGAGGACAAGUUCUCGAAAUCCCACACCUUUUACAAGCCUCACGAGACCGAAACCCACCACGCCUUCCCCUUACGACUUCUCGUCGCUGUCGUCGUCCUGCUCGACUGCCACUCGCUUCUCCAGAUCGCUCUGGGCACCUGCACGUGGGCAAUCUCCUACCACGUGCGCCCCUUUGCUCUCACGACCGUCAUCCUGUGUUUUUCGCUGACAUGCAACAUCACUGGCGGCAUCAUCAUCAGUAUCGGCGAUAGGAUUACUCGCAAGAAGGAUGUGGUGGAGCGCAUGUUCAGGCAACAGCUCACCGAGCAAGCCAUCCAUAAAAUGGAAAAGAGACGUCAAAAGGAGAGCGAACGCAAUGAGGAACUGGACAAUGUCGUAUCGAACGAACCCCUGGAUGGAACUGGAUUGGAACCAGGGAGCAACACCAUCCAGCCCAGUACGCUAGGCGUUGGAGUGGAUGCGGCGGAACUGGCUCAUAAAUUGUAAUCUGAGCACCUGCGUUGGCGUAUAUUAUGGAGCGAUACAGGGCUCUUAAAUUGUACAUGAUUUUAAUGUUUUAUAUUCUUCUUUUUGGGUGUGGGAUUUUCUUUGGCCGCUUUUGAAGCUGGCAAUUUUCACCAAGUCUUGCGUUUUUAUGACUGGUCUAUAGAAUCCAUGUCUCGUCUUACACUUCUACAAUCCGAUGCAGUAACUAUCAUUCUUAUGCUCGAUGCCCA